AUGGCUUCAAACAUGUUCCCAGAAGAGGAGUUAACCUGCGGUGUGUGCAGUGACAUCUACAAGGAUCCUGUUGUUCUAACAUGUAGCCACAAUGUGUGUAGAGACUGUCUGCCAAAGUUCUGGCAGGAAAAUGACUGUAAAAAAUGCCCUGAGGAGCUUAACGUCAAUAUUGAAGAUGUUAAGCAAAAACUUACCAAGUUUAACCAGUUCAAGUUCAACUUCCAACGGGCAGCAGACUUCAUCCAGGUCCAGGCACAGGACACGGAGAACCAGAUCAGACAGGAGUUUGAAAAGAUGCACCAAUUUCUACGCGAUGAAGAGGCCACCAGGAUAGCUGCACUGAAGGAGGAAGAGGAGCAGAAGACUCAGAUGAUGAAGGAAGAGAUUGAGGAUGUGGAUAUAGUUAUUAAAGACAUUUUGGCUUCAAUCAGGAGAGCAGAAAGGAGAUACACGAUGAUGGUACAAGAUGAUGUCAGAUUCUUAAAGAAAUACAAGGGCAAUGUGAAAAAACCUAAACGUAACCUGAAGGAUCCAGAGAGGCUUCCAGGAACUCUAAUCAACGUAGCAGAGCACCUGGGGAACCUGAAGUUCAAGGUCUGGGAGAAGAUGAAAGACAUUGUUCAAUACGUACCAGUGACUUUGGAUCCCAACACUGCACAUCCCCAGCUCUCGCUGUCUGAGGAACUAACCAGUGUCACACACAUUGAUGAGGCACAAGACCUUCCUGAUAAUGUGGAGAGAUUUGAUAAACUGUCCAAUGUCCUUGGCUCUGAGGGCUUUGCGUCUGGUACACAUUGCUGGGAAGUAGAGAUUGGGGAGGGGAAUUUCUGGGGUCUAGGCGUGAGAACAGAGUCUGACCAGAGGAAAGGACAGUUUUCGUCUAGCAGUAGAGUCUGGAGUGUUAGCCAUGCUGAUGGUUGGUAG